AUGGUGAGUCUGGCCCGAGAGACCUGCGCAAGCCCCGGGGAUCGCAUUGCUGACUGGGCGGUUACUCGCAGGCCCUACAAUGCGGAUGAAGUAUUUGUCACUGGAACCUUCGACGAUUGGGGCAAGACAGUGAAAUUAGAGCGAGUGGGCGAUAUCUUCUCCAAGAAAGUCACCAUCUCUCCAGUGCAAAAAAUCCAUUACAAGUUUGUUGUCGACGGAAACUGGACUACUGACACCAACGUGCGCGAAGAGGAAGACGGCCAUCAGAACAUCAAUAACGUGCUGCUACCCGAAGAGAUCACUGCGGAUCACUCUGUCCCCACUAUGUCUGGCGUGACCCCUGAUUCUACAACCGCGGCUCUGGCGGCCAACGUUCCCAAGACCAAUGGAAAUUUGCCUGGUACCUUCCCUGACACCCCGGGACAAGAGUCCGAACAGACCUUGUCCGUGGAUCCGAUUCCGGCCUCCGGAGGUUAUGGUAACCCGGUCAAGCUGAACCCGGGCGACAAGGUCCCCCACCACAGUGAGCUCCACAACAACACGGUGAGCUCCGGGGUGUCUUUGGACAAGGAGACAUAUGAGAAGGGCCAAACACUUCCUGUAGACCCAGGGAAUCCCACGGACUCGGGCAACCCCAGCGCCUUCGCAUUCACGAUCCCCCCAGUGACUAAUAACAUGAUCCCGGAAUCAAGCCUUCCUAUCAUUGGGGGUCCUGCUCAGCAGGCAGCUGCUAACGAAACGGAGCCAAUCUACUCUGGAGGUCCGGCCCAGCAGGCCGCGGCCGCCGAUCCUGGAUACACCAUCCAAUCUGCGGGCCCCACCUCCACCACCGCCGCCUUAGCUGCUAAUGUACCACUGGAGUCAAAGGGCAAGCAGCCCAAUGGCGACCAGCCCGCGGAGGAUGUCCCCCAGGUGGUGAAGGAUUCGCUGGCCGAGGCACACCAAGACCCCGAGGCUGCUGCCAAUCAGGAAGCAGUGGAAGAGAAGAAGGAUCUGGAGAAAGAACUCCAGAAGAAGGUGGACGUAGAAGAGUCUGCAGGUGCCCCAGCACCUACGGUCACUGCCGCCACCCAACCCAUUGCGCCUCAUCUCACCGUCGGUAGUGGCGUGGACUCGGCCGAUGUGUCACCGACCUCGACCCCUCCCCCGGGUCGCAAUGCUGCCGCGGCCAUCCCCACCUCGCAGCCCAAAACCACUGAGCCCUCCAGUGGACCAACCGUGACGACUGGCCCCGAGACCACUUCGACGGCGGAAACCACGACCGCGAAACCCGCACCUACUGUGACCACUGGAGCGGACUCCGCCCAGGCACCGGCCACCUCAGAAUCCAAGGCCGAGAAGCCUGCCCAGUCUCCCAGUACCGAAGGCGCCUCUACCAAUGGAUCCAAGAGCGAUAAGAAGAAGAAGCGACUGAGUGGCUUCUUCAGCAAGCUCAAGGAGAAGUUGAAAUAG